AUACACAUCAGGGAUGGCAUGAGGUAUGUGAUGGAGAAGGGGCGGCAGUGGGCAGAACUGUGACCGUGAAACACACACACAUACACGCACCCACGCGUGACGUGAACACUCUAUCUUCUAGAGAAGUUCUAAAUACAGACAGACUUUCCAAAUCUGAUGUAAACUGCUUUGGAGUAGUUUCUUCACAGUUCAUAACUGUGUUUCAGGGAUUGAUCACCAUCAAAUUUGAAUCCCACCAACAUCCCUUCUAAAACAACGUUGAAAAACAGGAUUGGUGAGAUAAACACUUCAUCUGAGGAGAUACUUGUGGGGGACCAGUUGGACAAAGAACAACUUUUCAACACUAAAAGGGACACAUUUCCACAUUUCCAAACUUGUCCUUACCUUGUCCACUACUGGAAGCAGUUGCAGUUCAAGGACUCAUAUAAUGGACAUCAUAAAUGUCCAAUUAAGCUGUAAAUAAGAGUACAUCAUUGUACAGAAGAGACCCACAGUGAAAUUAAACACCAUAUAGAGGCUAUUACCACUGGAUCUGAUCGUUUAGAGCCAUGUCUCCGUUCUUGAGAAUUGGCUUUUCCAGCUUUGAGAUGGACCCUGGACUAGCCUACCAUGAGGAAGUACUGAAUCCAUACUGCGCUGUUUACAUGAAAGAGGCAGUGGAGACGGAAAAGGGUCAGGUGUAUAAGCAGAAGCGGCCCACCAUGUAUCCCCCCUGGAGCAGCACGUUUGACGCUCACGUCCACAGGGGAAGAGUGAUGCAUGUGGUGGUCAAGGACAAGACGGCAGAACUGAAGACGGAGGCCACAGUCCAGCUCGACACCCUAGCCUCACGCUGCAAGAAAGAGAACGGCAAACUGGAGAUCUGGUUGGAGCUGAAGCCACAGGGUCGGUUACUGAUGGAAGCACGCUAUUUUCUAGAAAGAAAUGAUGCUGCAGGUCAUGGUGAAGAUGAUGGAGAGAGUGAACAGGAAAAAGACGGGAUGUUUGCACUACAUCACAGACGAGGAGCCAUCAAACAGGCCAAAGUUCAUGUGGUCAAAUGUCACGAGUUCACUGCCACCUUUUUCCCUCAGCCUACGUUCUGUUCAGUCUGCAAGGAGUUUGUCUGGGGCCUGAAUAAACAGGGAUAUCAGUGUCGACAAUGCAAUGCUGCCAUCCAUAAAAAGUGUAUCGACAAAGUAAUUGCCAAAUGCACAGGCUCAGCAAUAAAUAGUAAAGAAACCAUGAUCCACAAAGAGCGCUUUAAGAUUGACAUGCCUCACAGAUUUAAGGUGUAUAACUACAAGAGCCCGACGUUCUGCGAGCACUGUGGGACUUUGUUGUGGGGUAUCGCUCGCCAGGGCCUUAAAUGUGAAGAGUGUGGCAUGAAUGUUCACCAUAAAUGUCAGAAGAAAGUAGCUAACCUUUGUGGUAUCAACCAGAAGCUAAUGGCAGAGGCUCUGGCUAUGAUUGAGAGCACUCAACAGGCUCGGAGCUCCAGGGAUCCUGAGAUCAUUGGUCGUGAGGGGCCAGUGGGCGAAGGUCAGGCUGGGGUCACCCGAGAGCCCUCAGGCCACUUACCAAUUUCUCCCCUCACAUCUGCGCCAGCAUUACCACGCAAAGAGCAGCAGACUAUAGCAUGGGAUGCCCCGACUGAGUGCGGCAAGCCAAGCCUAACUGAAGAACCUGAGCCAUUGUAUGCCACUCCACGCAAAGAGCACCGCAAAUUUGUCCUAGACAACUUCACUCUGCACAAGAUGCUGGGCAAGGGAAGUUUUGGAAAGGUGUUCCUGGCCGAGUUGAAGGGAACAGGGCAGUUCUUUGCGGUAAAGGCACUAAAGAAAGAUGUAGUUCUGAUGGAUGAUGAUGUUGAAUGCACUAUGGUGGAGAAGAGAGUUCUUUCUUUGGCCUGGGAACACCCCUUCCUCACACACCUCUACUGCACCUUCCAGACCAAGGAAAAUCUAUUCUUUGUGAUGGAGUACUUAAACGGAGGCGACCUAAUGUUUCACAUCCAGACCUGCCACCGAUUUGACCUCCCGCGAUCCACGUUCUAUGCUGCCGAGAUCAUCUGUGGGCUGCAGUUUCUACAUUCUAAAGGCAUUGUUUACAGAGAUCUUAAGCUGGAUAACAUUUUGCUGGACAUAGAUGGCCACAUCAAGAUCGCAGAUUUUGGCAUGUGUAAAGAGAACAUGGUUGGAGAAGCUAGAACAUGCACCUUCUGUGGAACUCCAGACUACAUUGCCCCUGAGAUUUUGCUUGGGCAGAAAUAUGGGACCUCUGUAGAUUGGUGGUCAUUUGGUGUCCUUCUUUAUGAGAUGUUGACCGGCCAGUCACCGUUCCAUGGACAGGACGAGGAAGAGCUGUUUCAGUCGAUUCGCACAGAUGACCCAUGCUACCCGCGCUGGCUAACUAGAGAUGCAAGGGAUAUUCUUGUUAAGUUAUUUGUGAGGGAACCAGAGCGGAGGCUGGGUAUGAAAGGAAAUAUACGGCAGCAUGCAUUCUUCAAAGAUAUAGACUGGAUCGCACUAGAGAAACGGCAGGUGGAGCCGCCCUUCAAACCAACUGUGAAAUCAGACAGUGACUGUAGUAACUUCGACAAAGAGUUCAUAAAUGAGAAGCCUCGACUUUCCAUCGCAGAUCGCACCCUUAUUAACAGCAUGGACCAGAGCAUGUUCAACAACUUCUCCUUCUUCAACCCUGUUAUGGCCCGCCUCAAUAACCCCUGACCCAGAAACCUGCAUUUAUCAAAGACAUUCAUACAAACAUACUGUGAACAGGUCAUUACCAAAAGGCAAACACUUACCUGUAUAUUAUAACAGCCUCAAGUCAAGCUCAUUUCAUGCCAUGGACAGUGAAUAACUUGCAGAAGAAUCCAAGGAGAGGAAAAGCACAGUAGAGCACACCAGCUAGCUGUAGAAAGUAAUCUACAGAAUGUAAAACAUUUACAUACUUUCAGCAUCAGUCUUCACAAGACUUUUUACCAUUACAUUUAAUCAGUUGAGAGUUUGAGCUAAGAUUAUAAAAUGUAGAUGUACUCAAGCAUUUAGCUUUGUUACCAGUUAUUGUAAGAUGAUCAAGCAAAUAGUUUUCUUUGAUUUGUGGGAAUAAUAAGGCUAAGUCCACACUAAUAUAUUUAUAUGUUUUAGACUUCCGGCCACACUGAGACACUGUUUUUGACAGCGAAAAAUGAGAUUUGUGAAAACGCUUUACCAAGUGGACACAUUUGAAAACAUCAUCUUCGCAUUGUAGUAUGGACAGGGGAAAUGGAGAUAUCUGAACGUGUUGUAUUUUUUGUCAUGUGACGCAGUCAUGUGAUCUACUCAACCUAAAACAAUUAAGAUGGCGGCCCAUGUUGUGGUGGCAUUGUUGUGCCUGCUUUUCACUUUAAAAGCAUUGUUAAAGAUAAAUGUUACUUUGUUCAACAUUCACAUUGCAUUCCUCCAAAGGUUAAAGGGAAGUUUACUUAGAAUUACUGUCUGGCGACAGAACACGAGGACAAUUGCGUUUCAGACUGUACAUGGAACAGAGAUUUUUUUUGCAUGCGCAGUAAGGGGAUUUAAUGGGAUAUAGUUCACAGAGCAUUUUUAAUUCUCUCAUCACUUACUUACUUUCAUGCCAUCCCAGAUGUGUAUGACUUUCUUUCUUCUGCUGAACACAAACAACGUUUUUUUUUAAGAAUAUUUCAGUUCUGUAGGUCCUUUCAAUGCAAGUGAAUGGUGAUCAAACUUUUCAAAUUUGGUUUGAAAACGAAAACACCAUUUUCAAAUGUAUUCGGAUUAAUGUGGCCUUAAUUAAUUUAAGCCUUAAGGCCAAAGUAUACAGUAGACCACGCUGCGGAUCCCUCCAUGCACAGUGUGACACAAAUCAUCAGCAUUAACCAUCUUCAGCAUCAGCAUUACCAUUGACCGCGCACCGCCUAGAUUUUCUUGACUCGCACACGCAGUCCUCGUCAUUGACUGUAUUAAAGAAGUGUCACAAAGCAGUCAUAGUAAGCAUAGUGUCGCACAAUUUCCUAUUCGUUCGCGGUCAGAAAAUUAUACUCAGAAAGGCAACGUGGCCGGUCGAGCGUGAUCUGAUCUGGAACGCGCAUAAACGAAGUAUACCCGGGGCGUUAGUCUAUCAAUAACUACAAACCAGCCUUUGGUGCUAAACUAACUAUCUCCUACUGAGUGAAUGAGUUUCAUUUGGGCUAAUUCUGGAACCCUGUUAUACACUCUGGCAUAUUAUAACCGUUAAAUGUUAUUUUUGUUGCUAGAAAAUUACAAAAUCACAAUUUAGAGUUUUAAACUGUAUCGUUUGUCCACCAGACAUGAAAAAGAACAAUACAUGUACUUUAUUGUCGAUGCCUAUUUCACACUCUAUUAAGUGGCAGUGGAAGGUGGGCCCUGAGUAGCUCAGCGAGUAAAGAUGCUGACUACCACACCUGGAGUCAUAAGUUCAAAUCUAGGGUGUGCUGUGUGACUCCAGUCAGGCUUCCUAAGCAACCAAUUGGCCCGGUUGCUAGGGUGGGUAGAGUCAUAUUGGGUUAACUUCCUCAUUGUCGUUAUAAUGUGGUUCUUGCUCCCGGUGUGGUGAGUUGUGCAUGGAUGCUGCAGAGAAUAGCGUGGGCCUCCACAUGCACAACGUCUCCGUGGUAAAGCGCACAAAAAGCCACGUGAUAAAAUGCACGGAUUGAUGGUCUCAUACACGGAGGCAACUGAGAUUCAUCCUCCGCCGUCCGGAUUGAGGUGAGUCACUUACCCACCACAAGGACUUAGAGCACAUUGGGAAUUCCAAAUUGGGGUGAAAAGGGGAAAGAAAAAGUGACGGAACUUAAGAAAUGUAAGAACGGAAACAGCAUUUGUUUAAAGCAUCGUUUGUACGUGUGUGAAAAGUAUUUAACUUUAGAUCAAAAUACUUGUGCCCAGUUGUACAUCCAUUUAUAAUCAGUCAUUGUAUUGUAUCAGAAUGAAUGUGGUAGUGUCUGUGUAUGUUUAUUUUAGGAUUAUUUGGAAUAAGAGAAAGUUUGUGUCAGCCAGCCAAAGAGCUUCUCUGUGACUGAACAGAACUCGAUGAUGGAAAUACCUUUAGAAAUAACCAGUUUUGUUAUGUGUUCAAUUAUACUGUAUUGAAAAGGCUUUUUAUAGAAACAUGUAUAGUUAGAACAGACUAUAUAUAUAUAGUAUAUCCAAAUGUGUUACAUUAUGUUUAAAAUAAAUCUGUAGUUUACUGUGAAGUUCUGUUACUGUAUGUUUAUGGAAUCCUUGAAAAUUAAUGUGUAUUGUUUAUAAAACACUGAACAUUAGAAAGAAAGAUACUUCUAAUUCCAAAUUCAUGUUGAUUAGUUUAGAACAGUGUUUCCCAACCAAUGUGCUGUGAAAGAUUGUCAGGUGUGCUGAGGAAAAUUAUGAAAUUCCACAAAAUAAAUAAAUGCAUGAAAACAAAAAUUAUAAUACUUUCAGGGAUCCAAAUUCUUCACCUUUCUGAGAAAUUCGCCAUUUUGAAACCAUAAUCGGUGACUUUUGUGAUUGUGAAGAGCAAUGAUUAAUACGUAAAAGUGAGUGAUAUUUGUACAUUAAGGGUAGUCACAUGACUCACUUCAGCUCAGCAAAAUACAUUGAAGUCUGAAGUGACUUUACACAAAAGUGUUUUUCACACUUUUUUUUGCCUCACCAACAAUGUAUUUGAGAGUACUACGCAACAAGAUAGGCUAUAUAUAAAAACUGUCCAAAUUUGUGAAGAGAUAUUGAAUGUCUCAUAAUUUCUUUUAAUUAGCCUAAAUAUUAGCCUAUAUCGUUUUCGAAUAUCAGAGACCCCAGUAAUUGAACUAAUUUAAAUUCACCAAGAAAACACUUAACGAGUCAUUUUAUAACUCUUCAAAGCAACGGCAAGCUUUUUUUCUCUCUUCCAGAUACAUGUUUUCAAUGUUUAUUGUGCACACCUCCCGCUUUUUACGUGGCAAACUCGUAAAAUCGCGCCUCUGUGACGCUUUCUGCAACUCUUGUCAUGUGGAGGGCAAUGCGGCGCUUGACUCUGGGUUCAGCCUCCAAAACCAAAUUAAAACUGCCAUGAGAAGUCGUCUGUCCGAGGCAAAGACGCAAAAUCUAAUGACAAUUACCUCAGCAUCAGUCUCCCUUGAUCCGUUUGAGUACGCACAGGCGAGCACAUAAAGCAAAGUCGAUGCGGACCAGGCGGAAGAUUUGAGUUGUCGAUUGAGUUAUGUUCAGUUCAUUACGUGUUUUGUUAAUAUUUUUAAUCGUAUUUGUUUAUUGUAAAUGUUGCGUUGUUCAUAUUUUAGUGACCUCCGCUGUCACUGCAGGGGGAAAAACAUUCAUCUGCUUCGUGUGUUGUCUCUGUUGUUCAUCUGUUCUCUUCAUAAAUAAAUAUGCAUAAUCUGCUAU